UCGGGAGGCGCGUGCCCCGGCUCAGUAGCGUUGGGGCUGGCGCGCGCGUCGAAUCUUAACGUUGCGCUGUUUUGCUGGCGCUUUGGGGCCAUCAGCUUCUUUGCCUUCCACCCUGGCGCCCCCAAGUCCUGGCUCCCCAGCCUCGCUACCCCGGGCAUCCACGCCCUGCGGGCUCAGCGGGCUCAAUCUGCGCAGCACCACCUCCAUGGUGACUAAGCCUCUGCAAGGGCUCCCCGUGGCCCCCGUGACCCCCACGCCGCCGCCAGGAGGCAAGGAUCGCGAAGCGUUCGAGGCCGAGUACCGACUCGGCCCCCUCCUUGGUAAGGGGGGCUUUGGUACCGUCUUCGCAGGACAUCGCGUCACUGACCGACUCCAGGUGGCCAUCAAAGUGAUCCCCCGGAAUCGCGUGCUGGGCUGGUCCCCCUUGUCAGACUCAGCCACAUGCCCACUGGAAGUGGCAUUGCUAUGGAAGGUGGGUGCAGGUGGUGGGCACCCUGGCGUGAUCCGCCUGCUUGACUGGUUUGAGACACCAGAAGGCUUCAUGCUCGUCCUCGAACGGCCGUUGCCUGCCCAGGAUCUCUUUGACUACAUCACAGAGCAGGGCCCAUUAGGUGAGGGCCGAAGCCGCUGCCUGUUUGCCCAGGUAGUGGCAGCUGUUCGCCACUGCCACGCCCGUGGAGUUGUCCAUCGUGACAUCAAGGAUGAGAACAUCCUGAUGGAUCUCCGCCGGGGCUGUGCCAAACUCAUUGAUUUUGGCUCCGGUGCCCUGCUUCACGAUGAACCCUAUACUGAUUUUGAUGGGACAAGGGUGUACAGCCCCCCCGAGUGGAUCUCUCGUCACCAGUACCACGCACUCCCAGCCACUGUCUGGUCACUGGGUAUCCUCCUCUAUGACAUGGUGUGUGGGGACAUUCCCUUCGAGAGGGACCAGGAGAUUCUGGAGGCUGAGCUCCACUUCCCUGCCCAUGUGUCCCCAGACUGCUGUGCCCUAAUCCGCCGGUGCCUGGCCCCCAAACCCUCUGCCCGACCCUCACUGGAGGAGAUACUGCUGGACCCCUGGAUGCAGACACCAGCUGAGGAUGCACCCCUCAAUCCCCCAAGGGGGGGGCCCACCCCUUUGGCCUGGUCCCUGCUGCCCUAGUCCUAGCCAGGCCCCCACUAGUUGGAAUAGCCGUCCCAUGGCAUGCCACAGGGAUAGAUGGACAUCUGUUGACCUGGUUAUACAGGUCAUUAAAAAUCCAGUGUUGUUAGGGUCAGAGAUUGGGGAUCAGGGGUCAGGAGACAUAAACCAAGUCUGCCCACUCCCCAUCCCAAUUCUGCUAAGGAGCCUUCCUCCCAGAACUUAUGGUCUCUUAUUCUGGAGGGCGGGGGGAACUUCCUUAUUUCUCAUUUUGCUAAGGGUGUUUAUUUGGUUGAGGUUCCUUCCAUUCUGAGCCCCAGGACUCUUAUUCUGAUGAGUUGUAACCCCUACACUGGCACCUCCUGCUGCCACCACACACACUUAGUUCAAAUGCUCUCACUUGGGCAAGGGUGCUUUCCUUCCAAUGCCCCAGCAGCUCUUAUUUUAGCAAAAGGACCCUUUCCCCUAGCCCAGGGUCCUAUAUUCAGUCAAGCUGCUUGCCUACCUCAGCCCAGGGUUGCUGAUUCUGGGGGAGGUAAUGCCCUAUUGUUAUCCCAGGACUUUUUUUUAAUUAUUUUUAUUAUUAUUACUAUUUUAUUUUAUUUUUUUUUUAUUUUUUAUUUUUUUGGUGAGGGGACCCUACUCUGUUAUCCCAAGUGCUCUUAUUCUGGUGAGGAGAACCCUACUUCCAUGAUUUGGGAAAUGGGAGAUGGACACCACCAGAGUCCGCUAGGAUGGGGUGGAUGGUUUUUUGGGAUGGGGUGGGGGAAGUCAAGUCUAGUUGUUUGUUCUCCUGGGCCCCCCCUCCAUCUUUUUUGGAUUCUUGCUGCCUCCUUCUGAGCCAGGAUUGUCCAGUUGCUGAAAUGUAAAUACUUAUGUAUUGGUGGGAGGGGAGCUCCAACUAUGUCCUCCUCUUCCUUCUCCCCCUGCCUGGAUUAUUUAAAAAAGCCAUGUGUGGAAACCCACUAUUUAAUAAAUGUUAUAGAAUCAGAA